UCCUGUUCUCUCUCUCUCUCUCUCUCUCUCUCUCUCUCUCUCUCUCUCUCCCAGUUUUCAUUAUUCUGAUUCUUCUUUCGUCUUUCUUCAUCUGAAACCAGCCUAGGGUUUCUGAAUCUAGUCUCUCUGGGUUAUCAAUCAAUUCAACUCAAUUCCCAUCAUGAAUCCUGAAUACGACUAUCUUUUCAAGCUUUUGCUUAUUGGAGAUUCUGGUGUUGGGAAGUCAUGUCUUCUGUUGAGAUUUGCGGAUGAUUCUUAUUUGGAGAGUUACAUCAGUACUAUCGGUGUGGAUUUUAAAAUUAGAACAGUGGAACAAGAUGGAAAGACCAUCAAACUCCAAAUUUGGGACACUGCUGGUCAAGAGCGUUUCCGUACCAUAACUAGCAGUUACUACCGUGGUGCACAUGGAAUUAUUGUGGUUUAUGAUGUUACAGACCAAGAGAGCUUCAACAAUGUUAAGCAAUGGCUGAGUGAAAUCGAUCGCUAUGCAAGUGAAAAUGUAAACAAGCUUUUGGUAGGAAACAAGUGUGAUAUGACGACUAACAGGGUGGUUUCCUAUGAAACGGGCAAGGCAUUUGCAGAUGAGAUAGGAAUACCGUUCUUGGAGACCAGUGCCAAAAACUCUACGAAUGUCGAACAAGCUUUCAUGACCAUGGCUGGUGAGAUAAAGAACAGGAUGGCAAGUCAACCAGCGAUGAAUGCAAACAGACCUGCAACAGUGCAGAUGAAAGGCCAACCAGUCAACCAAAAGGCAAACUGUUGCUCCUCUUAAGUCUGCUCUCUUGGCAAUCAAACUGGAAGACAUGUUAUUGAUGGGGAAGGCGGUGACUGGUUAAUGCAGAAUCUCUGCUAAAAAACUGUAGGGGUUUGAUAAUUGUUCUUCAAUUUACUAACCAAACCUAGACCUCUUUGGUGUACAUAGAAAAAAAAAUGUCAAUGGAGAGGGUUGUCGCAUAGAAAUGCAUCAUCACUUUCUUUCUAUCUUUAAAGUUGAAUGUUGGACUAAAGUCGUGUGGGAUCAACUUUGACUCGGUAAAACUGUUAUUCUAUUUCAUUUGUGUAGUUGUGUG